AUGUCUAAACGCGAAAACGCGUCUUCCGAAAAUACUACCGAAAAUAACAAAAAGCAAAAGCUAUCGAAUACAAAACAAAGCUCUCUUGCGGCUUGGAUAAAAACUCCCACUGUAAAGCCACAAGACGUGCAAAACACGGUAGCAAAAAUUUCUAAAGGUGUAGGUCUUGAAGCUAAUGAAUUGUUGAAACUGGAGUUUGAAACCUUGAAUAGUGAAUGGUUGAGAGCGUUAGCGGACGAAAUUCAAAAGCCGUAUUUUAUUGGGUUGAAAAAAUUCCUUCAAGAAGAAAAAUCAAAUAAUAAGAGAAUAUUUCCACCCGAAAAUGAAAUAUACAGUUGGUCCAGGUUCACUCCUCCCUCCUCUGUUAAAAUAGUGAUUCUUGGUCAAGAUCCGUAUCACGGUGUGGGUCAAGCACAUGGUUUAUGCUUUAGUGUCCCGAAAGGGGUUCAACCGCCACCCUCGCUCGUCAAUAUAUAUAAAGCAUUACAGAAAGACAUACCGUCAUUUCAGAUUCCAAAUCAUGGGUACCUUGCAAAUUGGGCCAAAUCGGGCGUUUUACUAUUAAAUACUUCGCUUACUGUGCGCGCUCAUGAAGCUGCAAGUCAUAGUGGUAGAGGAUGGGAAAAGUUUACCGACGCAGUCAUUCAACACUUGAACGAAAAAAAGACCGGAAUAGUAUUCAUGUUGUGGGGUUCGCAUGCGAUAAAGAAGGGCAAGGUAAUCAAUAAGAACAAGCAUCUUGUGUUGGAUGCCGUCCAUCCUUCUCCAUUAUCGGCGCAUCGCGGAUUUUUUGAUUCGGAAACUGUAGACCUGUUAGAAAGUAAGGCGGAAAUCAAGGACACCUUUGCGGAAGAUAAAUUGAAAACUGAGGGUAUUUUAUCGGAGAUAAAGGACACUUUCGAAGAAGCUAAGUUGAAAACUGAGGGCACUCUGGCUGAAACAAAGGAUAUCUUGGUAGAACUUAAGAAUGCAUCUUGA